GACAAGUUAUCAGCUGUGACUGUGAUCACGUAGUACAGGGAAAAUAGUCGACGAAGACAAGGAGCUAGCUAUAGGGCUAGCCACCGGCGCCAUGGAGCUGGAGCUGGGGCUUGCGCCGCCCAACCACGCGGGCUCGUGCGGGAAGAGGGGCGUGGCGGAGGCGUUCGGAAUCAAGAAACCCACGCUGCCACUCUUCCUGGGCGACGACGACGACGACGGUGGCCACGGCCACGGCGAAGACGGCACUGGCGACACUCGCGACUGGGAGAUGGGCAGCAAGAGGAGGAGGCUUGUGGGGUGGCCGCCGGUGAAGAUCGGGCACCGUCCGCGCAGCAACGGCCACGUGAAGGUGAAGAUGGAAGGGGUGCCCAUCGGGAGGAAGGUGGACCUGUCCCGCCACGCCUCCUACCACCAGCUCCACCACACGCUCCGCCUCAUGUUCCCAUCCUCCACUUCUCACCAUGGCGAUCCAUACGCCGUCACCUACGAGGACGGGGAUGGGGACUGGAUGCUCGUCGGAGACGUGCCGUGGGAGGAGUUUAGCAAGUCGGCUAGACGGCUCAACAUACUCAUGUCACCACCGACGACUACACUUGGCACUGCUGGUUGAAUGUGGGAGUCGUGGCUCUGCACCGGCGUGUGUGUCUAGUUAAUUAGCUUACUGAGUAAUGUUAGUAUAAUGUUGUCGUCACGUCAACAAGUAUGGGACUUUCUGAGUUUAUUUCUCUUGUCCAGGAUAUUAAGUUAUGUUAACGGAACAAAUUCGGUGAAAUGUUGAAAAUUAUUACGGUUUAUUUCCCAACAAAUUUGGUUGAUUAUUCAUAAUAGAGUGUGGACCGCCGAUAGAUUGCAGCGUCGGGGAUGGCCGAAUUGCAACCUUUGCCUUCUUUGCAAGCAGGUUCAGGAGCCCGCGGCUCACCUCCUCUUCCAGUGUCGGUUCACAGUGAGAGUGUGGACGGAGAUCAAGACUUGGCUUGGCCUCCACGACAUUGAUCCGUCAGAUUGGAGACUCGUGCCCUCGGUGGAAGUUUGUUGGGACAUGGUUGCUCACAAAAGGGGCCACUCACGCAUGGUUCGUAGCACUUUGAUGAUGCUUGUUGCGUGGGAAAUUUGGAACGAACGCAACGCGAGGGUUUUCCGCAACAGCGCCGCCCCUACUACCGUUGUUAUUACCAAGAUUAAAGAUGAGGCCUCUAUUUGG